CUUGGCAACGAUCUUCCAAUAAACAUCGAACACGUGUCGAGAUCCCUUGAUCCACGAUGCUUCUCUAUUGUUGUGUAAUACUAACAUAAAGGAGGCACGCGCCUUUAGAAACCUGUUGGAAGCAGGUUUGGGAUUUCUAACGUUUCCUCUUUAAAUUCUCUAAUCUCCUCCUUCCUCACGCAUCUUCUCUCCUCUCCCUCUGAGCUUAGAGCACUUUUAUGGCAUUGGAGCACUUGUGCAGCAACCUCUGUUUCCUUAAACUAGGGAAACAACUAGAGCUUCUUCUCCUCCUCAACAUUGGUUUGAGUCUUCUCCUUAUUAACAGGACACCCUAACCAAAUCUGUUGAAAGCAUUUUUUUUUAAAAAAUGGUUUCCUCUGAGUGUCCUGUUGCCAACAAAAACGUGACCGGGAAACACCUGUUUCUAACCAUCACCCCACCACAAGCUGUCUUGAAAGAAAACGUCGAGCUAGACUUCUCCGACGUCUUUGGUCCACUCCCCGAAGACUCCACCGACGUCGCUUUCGACGAGCCGGCUGUUAUCCACAGCCGAUCUCACUCCUUGGUUGGACCCUCUCUGAUCACUAGCCAUUCUUUCAAGCUCAGCAAGCUCACCUUACGAGAAACCAACGACUCUGUUGACUUGGUGGAAUGCCUCGAAGAAGGUGAAUCCUCUUGUAAUGAAGCUGUGGGGAAGGUCUCGGGUGGUGUGGUAGGCAUCGAGGACUUUGAGGUUUUGAAGGUUGUGGGGCAAGGCGCGUUUGGGAAAGUGUACCAAGUGAGGAAGAAGGAGAGUUCUGAGAUUUACGCGAUGAAGGUUAUGAGGAAAGAUAAGAUCAUGGAGAAGAAUCACGCUGAGUACAUGAAGGCUGAGCGUGAUAUUCUUACGAAGAUUGAUCAUCCCUUCAUUGUUCAGCUUAAGUACUCCUUUCAGACUAAGUAUAGGCUCUAUCUUGUGCUUGACUUUAUCAACGGAGGGCAUCUCUUCUUCCAGCUUUAUCACCAAGGGCUUUUCAGAGAGGACUUGGCUCGUGUGUACACUGCGGAGAUCGUCUCUGCAGUUUCCCACCUCCAUGAGAAUGGGAUAAUGCAUAGGGAUCUGAAACCUGAGAACAUACUAAUGGACACUGAUGGGCACGUGAUGCUAACUGAUUUUGGAUUAGCAAAGGAGUUUGAAGAGAACAAAAGAUCAAACUCAAUGUGUGGGACUACUGAGUAUAUGGCACCUGAGAUCGUUAAAGGAAAGGGACAUGAUAAGGCUGCUGACUGGUGGAGUGUUGGGAUUCUUCUCUAUGAGAUGCUCACUGGAAAGCCACCGUUUCUUGGGAGCAAAGGGAAGAUACAGCAGAAAAUAGUGAAGGACAAGAUCAAACUUCCACAGUUUCUGUCAAAUGAAGCUCAUGCGUUGCUCAAAGGGUUGUUGCAAAAAGAGCCAGAGAGACGACUUGGAAGUGGUCCGAGCGGAGCAGAGGAGAUAAAAGGGCACAAAUGGUUCAAGGGAAUGAACUGGAAGAAGCUGGAAGCUAGAGAAGUGAAGCCAAGUUUCAAGCCGGAGGUAUCUGGAAGGCAAUGCAUAGCGAAUUUUGACAAGUGUUGGACUGAUAUGUCUGUGUUGGAUUCGCCAGCAAGCAGUCCCAGCUCGGAAUCUACGGCCAACCCUUUUACCAACUUCACGUAUGUGAGGCCUCCUCAUUCAUUCCUCAACCAAACCACAUCGACUUCGUAGAGGAAAGAUGGGUUUAUGGAAAUACAUUGUUUUUAUGUUG